UUAAACAGCUUCGAAACGUAGCACAAAAGACACCAUACCCGGCAUUUCCUAGCCAACUGGCACGGCCAAUAACAAAUAAAAUAAUUCUUAUAAAAUUUAAUUAAAUAAAUAAAAAUACGCAAAUAAAACAAAAGAAAAUUUUAUGCAAUGCUUUUAAUUGCUGGUAUUUGUAGCAGUUUAUUGUUGUUAUUGACAACAUGGCCCGCUGCGGGAGAAGAAACAAUAAGUGUGACCACCUCCUUGGGAGCCAUCAAAGGCAGUCAAAUGGAAAGUCGUCUGGGUCAUAAGUUUUGGGCAUUUCGUGGUGUACGUUAUGCGAAGGCACCCGAAGGUGAACUACGUUUCCAAAACCCCCAACCGGUUAAGGCCUGGAAACCCAAGGUGCUUGAUGCCACCAUAGAGGGACCCAUGUGCCCCCAAGUAACAGUUAACAGAACUUGGCUUUCAGAAGAUUGUCUGCGAUUGAAUGUCUAUACAAAAAGCCUUAAUGGAACACAAGGUUUAAAGCCCGUCAUUGUCUAUCUACAUCCUGGAGGUUUUUAUGCGGUGUCUGCCAUAAGUGCUUAUGCAGGUCCCGAAAAUUUCAUGGAUCGUGAUAUAGUUUUGGUUGCAGUCAAUUAUCGCCUGGCAUCGCUGGGCUUCUUGGCCACGGGCACUGAAGAUGCUCCCGGUAAUAUGGGCCUUAAGGAUCAAGUUAUAGCAUUGCGUUGGAUAAAACAUCACAUAGAGAAAUUUGGAGGUGACCCCAAUUCGGUUACUUUGUGGGGUUAUAGUGCUGGUAGUUUUAGUAUUGGCUUACAUAUGAUAUCACCCAUGUCCAGGGGUUUAUUUCAUAAAGCCAUAAUGCAAAGUGCCUCACCAUUGGGACAAUUUCGUUACGCCAACAAUCAACUUGGUUUGGCUGAAAAACAGGCAAGACUGCUGAACUGUCCUGUAAAGCCGGUGAGAGAAAUGGUGAAGUGUUUGAAAGCGAAACCCAUGUUAGAUUUCGUUGAUACAGUCAAUGCUAUGUUUGAAUAUGAAUGGAAUCCGGUUCUCAAUUGGGUACCAGUCGUUGAAACCAACUGUGGUCAGGAACGUUUCCUUGUCGAAGAUCCCCUUAAGACAAUGCUAAGAGGUGAUGUACACAAGGUGCCAUUGAUAACAGGUGUAACACAAUACGAAUUUUAUUAUCUGGCCUUUUCUACUUUGCGCAAUGAUACCCAACGUCAAAGAUUUAAUGAUGAUUUUGACAAAUACAAUCCCAUUUACUUUUUAUAUGAACGCAAUACUCCACGUUCUAAGCGCAUUAGUCAGGCAAUGCGUUCGUUCUAUUUCCAAAAUCGUAGCUUAGAAUAUCCUCAAUCAUUGACAUCCUUUGGUGAACUUUACAGUGAUGGUUUGAUCACCUUCGAAUAUCAUCGUUUCCUGCAAAUGGUCUCUAAACAUGUGCCGGUUCGCACCUAUUUGUUUACAUAUAAGGGUCGUUAUAGUCAUUUCAGACAUCCUGAUACCAAUGAAACCUAUGGUGCCAUGCAUCAUGAUGAACUUUUGUAUUUGCUCAACCUUCCCCUAUUGACGCCUAUGUUUGGUGCUAGUGAUCCGGAAAAUCCAACCGUUGAACGUUUAACUCGCAUGUGGUAUGAGUUUGCAAAAAAAGGUGAUCCCAAUAAUCCCUCCGAUGAAUACUUGAAAAAUCUUAGAUGGCCUCUUUAUGACCAAAGAAGGAAACAGUAUCUGGAAAUUGGAAACGAUUUAACUAUCAAAGCGAAUGGUAUCUAUCCCGAACGAAUGCAACUCUGGGAUAAUCUGUUUCCCAUUCAAGAAAUGAUAAACAACAGCCUAUAGGAAAACUGUAUCCAAAUAAAGACAUUAAAAAAAGAACUUCUAUUUUUGUAAAUAUA